CUCCCUCUCUCCCCUCCUCGCUCCCUCUCCCUCUCUCUCUCUCGCUCCAGUGCCCCUGUUGGAGCGGUUGUGCACCACGCUGCUCUACCCAGACGAGGGUCUGAAGGCCUCAGUGUUCUACGUGUGGCAGAGGGUGUGGGGGGAGAGGCACAGUCCCUGCCCUCCCCCUCAGAGACUGUGUGUGUGUGCUGCUGAUGCAGACCCUGUCCCACGCCUGCUCCCCUCAGCUCACCAUCAACUGCCUGGCCACCAUCAUAUUUAGGGGGGCGGUGCUUAUUACCAUAUAAAAAGCGGUAGUAUCAUACGAUAUGUGCAUGUAACCUAACACUUAGUAUGAAUCAGUGAAUAUGGAAGUAUGUUUUCUGUUUGUGUGUCAGGCUUCCUGAAUCAGCUGCUGAAGCUGGGUGAGGUGGUGUCUGUGCUGAUGAACAGCCCCUGUGAGCAGAUCCGGUCUGAUCUGGAUCAGAGCCUGGACCAGGACCAAGAGGCCCAGUCCAGCACCCAGCUCUCCCUGGAGCGCUGCCCACUUCCACUCAUACUCAAAAAGCUGUUGCUGUGUGGGGAUGAGACAUUGCAGGUGGCCAGUGCUCAGUGUAUGGCUGCUAUCCUGGUCCACUCCCCCAGCCAGUACUGUGCUUCCUUCAUCCAGGCAGACGUACCUGGUGAGAGAACUUGUUUGAAUGUCUGAGACGCCACUCUGUUAGCGUAUCUUUCUCUCCUGCGCCUCAUCAUUCUCUCUCUCCCAGAGUUUUUGUUUGAGCGUCUGAACAGUGACAGUGAGGUGCUGCUGUGGUCCGGCUACAGCUGUCUGCUGCUCA